AUGAAAGGCUGUAAAGUUGUCUUCCACACCGCUUCUCCUUUCACGUCAAACUUUAGUGAUCCUCACAAGGAUCUAGUAAACCCUGCAAAACUGGGAACGAGAAACGUGUUGGAAACUGCGAAUAAAAUAGAUUCGGUGACCAAGGUCAUCUUGACCAACAGUUGCGCGGCAAUGUAUGGAGACAACAAGGACCUUACUUCCCUUCCGAAUGGUACCUUGGACGAACCCGUAUGGUAUUAA